GAUUGGCUGCGGCUGGGCCGCACCCCUAACGCGAUACCUAUGGCCGGAAGUGCGUCUGCUCCUUGCCUGAUCCGUGAGACCCUGGCUCCAGGCUCCCGGCCCUCCAAAGGUGACUUGACUUCGCUGUGUUCCUGGAGUGAAACACGGCCUCGAGGAGUCUACUGUAUUUGCUUUGGAAAAUCCUCAGGAAGGACAGCCCUGCUUUGAAAACUUACAAUAUUCUGUUAUUAAGGAAUUAAAAAACGCUGUCAAAGAAUAUGGACUUAAAAGUACUUUUGUAAUUGGCAUUAUUGAAGGCAUUGGUCAAGGUUAUGAAGUUACCCCUUUCUAUUGGAAAGCCUUUGUGCGCACUGUUGUCACUCCAACCCAGUAUCAGGUGUGGCUCCUAGAAUAUGCUGCAGAGACACAAGCCAUAGAUAACUUGGGUCACAAUAUUCCUAUGGGAGCUACUGAAUUACGGGGUGAAGGAGCCUUUUCAGAUACUUGCCAACAAGUUCGUUGCCACCUCCAAGCUUAUCCUCAAAUGGUACAAAUUGCUUUAAAAGUUUGGAAAAGAAUCCCCAAAGCGUUUGAUGCUCAAAGUUCCUUUAUUGCUAUUAAACAGGAGGCCACUGAAUCUUUCUUUACCUUUAUAGAUAGUUUAAGUAAAACUAUUGAAUGCCAGCUGGACAGUAUGACAGCAACCUCUAUUUUGUUAAAGCAAUUAGCAUAAGAAAAUGCAAACCUAGACUGCAAAAAUGCUUUAAAAAUAUUUAUAUGAAACCUGCUACUACUUUGGCUCAAAUGAUUUUGGCUUGAGGAACUCAAACACAUAAAAUGCAAUUGUUGGCUGCUGCUUUACUGCCCCCUGUUACUUGUUUUAAUUGUACAAAACCCGGAUGUGUACGCAAAAAUUGUAAGGCAAAAGCUAAAAAUAACAGACCAGAUACCCCGUGUCGCAUUUGAAACAUGGAUAUCAUUGGGUCAGUCAAUGUAGUCAAAACCCGCAAAGUAAAAAUAGAAAUAAAUAAUAAACAUGGUCAAUAAGAAGACCCAGUAUGUUCCCUGCCCAGGAAAACAGGGCACUUCCUCCCUGUCAUUUCAUUCCAAAUCUGUUCGUGCCACCAGGGGGAGCUCUGGCAUAGAUUUACUGUCAGCUGAAACUAUCAAUUUGGAAAUGCCUGGUACUAUUUAUAAAGUUCCUAGUACUUUUCAUGGUCCUUUACCUCCCAGGACAACUGGCCUAGUUCUUCCCCGCUCAUAUGAAUCAAAAAGAGGCAUUUUUGUGAUUCCCUGUGUCAUUGAUGCAGAUUAUACUGGGUUAUGUUGCUUCAAUUGUGGUCUCUUGCCCAUUCAAUUAAAUGCUUCUGAAUCUACAGCUCAACUAAUUGUCUUGCCUUAUGUCUCUUCUAAAGCUCGUAAUGUUACUCAUGGAAAGCAAGGAUAUGGCUCUAUUGUGGUGGCUGUAGCUGUUCCCUUGGGAAAUGAAUACCCAAGCCUCUCUUCAACUAUUGACAACAUUUCCUUUUCAGGUUUGCUAGAUACUGGAUGUCUCUGUCUUUCCUCGCUUACACUGGCUUUCUCAUUUGUCUUUUCCACCUGUUCAUCCCUUCUGGGGCAUUUGGGGGCCCUUCCCAAAAUGUGUUCUGCAGUGACACCUCUGUUGCUUGUGCUCUCAAUGGACUAAAAAGACCUCCAUUCUCCCAUAUAUUAUGAACAUUUCUUUUGUGAUAUGGGACUGUGAUGUUCUUUCUCAACUCCAUGCUUAUGUGGAAACAAAUUUAUCUUGAGGGCCUCCACCGCCCCACAUUCCCUACCUCUCAAAUGGAAAACUGACAGUCCGUUUUGAAUUAAACAGUGCCCCUUACCUAAAUAUAAGUUGUCAGCAGUGGAGGCCUUAGUUCAAGAACAAUUGGCUGCAGGUCAUAUUGAGCCCACUGCUAGCCCCUGAAAUACAUCUAUCUUCACUAUACAAAAGAAAUCAGGUAAGUGGAGGUUAUUUCAUGACUUCUGGGAAAUUAAUGUGUAUAGCCCCUAUGGACCUCUUACAAUGUGUUCUUCUUAAUCCUAACCUUACUCCUCAUGAAUUUCAACUCUUUAUUAUUGAUUAAAAGAUUGUUUCUUUACUAUUCCUUUACAUCCACAGGAUCACCCCUGAUUUGCAUUCACUGUUCCAGUUUAUAACAACCAUAAGCCUGCAUGCAGGUACCAUUGAUGUAUGUUACUAUAAAUAAUCCAGCCCUCUGUCAAUAUUUUGUUAAUACUGCGCUGCUUACCUUUAAAAAAAUGUUUUCCUAAUUUACAGGAUCUAUAAAUUGGGGCGGUGGAGCCCUUAGGAUAAAUUUGUUUCCGCACACUUUCUUUACUGAUGGAUCCCUUUUAUUCUUCAUGAUUUCUCCUCUUUAGCAGAAUUUGGGUUCCAUAUCUCCCCAGAAAACGUCCAGUACUCAGAACCAUUUUUUUACUUAGGGCAUCGACUUUGUUCUUUUUCGAUGCCUGCCUUACCUACCUUAUGCUUCUGCUUUCCAGCUACACUUUCUAAAUUACAACAAUUUCUGGGUUACCUUAACUGGACAAGGCCCUAUUUUCCUUUGACCACUCAAUAAUUAGCUCCUCUAUUUGAUGGUUUAUGGGGCCACACAGAUCCAGCUGACGUGAUCUCUGACUGUCCUCUAUGGCAGGCCCUUCCGAGCAUUGCUCACACACUCAUCACAGUUGUGGUGGAUCAAGUCUGGAGGAACUGCCCUCUCUCCUUACUCAGUUUUCAUUCAGCCCAUUUGCCCAGAGGGGCUCUUGUUGCCCUCCAGAGCAACGAAGUGUUUAUUGGUUACAUUUACCCCACUCCAUGCUUCCCAUCCUCAAUGCUAUUUCCACUUUUAUCUCUGGGGGACUACUCACGCACACUCCUUGGAAUUGAUCCGAUGGUAUCUCUUGCCACUCACCAAGGCUGACUUCUCCUUUCUGCUGUCCUCUACUGUUUCUUUUCAAGUAGCUCUGGCUGGCUAUGUUGGUUCCAUUUCUUUCCAUAUGCCACAUGAUCCUUGUUUGUCUCUGUUUACCCCAUUUCCCUUUUUCUUCAAACUUGUUUGGUUCAUACCCCUUUAAAGGGUACCCUCACUGCCUUCACUGAUGGAUCUGCCUGUUGUGGAGUUGUAACAUACUUUGAUAGUUACUUUUGGAACACUAGUAUUGUCUGCCUUAAACCUCUGCUCAAUGCAGUGAGCUGUCUGGUGUUAUCCUUGCUUUGCAAGUUUUUUCAUCCCAAGCCCUUAGCUUACUUAGUGACUCUAUAUGUACAUAAUGUUGUCCUACACUUAGCGUCUGCUGUUAUCUCCCCCACAGCAGUAGAUGCAUACUUAAUGUUUCUUUUUUCACAUUUACAGGCUUUUCUUUGUGCUCCUUGUGCCCCUCUCUUUCUUUUACAUAUUCACAGUCAUCAACCCCUGCCCCGGUUCUUACAACAAGCUAAUGCUAUUGCUAAUCAAGCCCUGUGCAUUCUCCGGCCUCUCUUUUGAUAAUGCUGAAGAAAGCCAUGCCUUUUUUCAUCAGUCUGCUCUUUCUUUACAUAAAUUGUUUCAUAUGCCACUCUGAAGCUAAAGCUAUUGUUUCCUCCUGUUCACGUUGUGCUGCCAGGCCUCACUCCUCUCCCUUUGAUGCUCUCAACGCUUGUGACAACUUCUGGCAAACAGAUGUCACACACUGGUCCUCCUUAAAACCUUUUUUAUUCCUUCACAUUUCUGUUGAUGUUUCCUGGUUUCAUUUGGGCUUCACCAUGCAGUGUUGAGUCCACCUGACACGUAAUUCAACGUCUCCUGGCUGCAUUUGCAAUCAUGGGUGUACCUUCCUCCUUUAAAACUGACAGUGGUCUAGCUUUUACCUCAGGUUUUUGCUGCUUUUGUUUCACAUGGCAAAUUUGCCAUGUUACCAGCAUCUCCUCUAGUCCCACAGGUCAAGCUAUCAUUGAACAAGCCCAUCGUGCACUCAAAACUCUUUUCUUUAUAAACAACUGGGGCGGGGGAUACACCCCCUGCACAGGUUUCUUGUAUUCUGUCCACAGUGUUAUUUACUUAGAAUUUCUUGUCUUUCCCACAAGGCUUUCUUCUUUCCUGGUUCAAAUACAUUUCACCAGGAUGAACCUGUGCCAAAGCCUUUUGUAUUGUACACACCACCACCAGACCCAGGCUGGCGGGGGCUGGCGCCCCUGCUGACCUGGGAAGGAGGUGAUGCUUCAGUGUUAUUCCUAAUGGGCCCUGUGUGGGUUCUUGCUCUUUGUAUUCACCCUGCGUGCAAUGAGUUGGCACCAUGGGCUGCACAACCCAAUUCCACAGUUUCACCUCUCCCUGAAUUAAGCCCGGCCACCUCAGAAGGGACCCAGGACAAUGACUGCUCAGCCAGUGACCUGGGGUGAAGUAAAGGUGCUGAUCCAGUCUGCACAAGAACUGCUCUGUGCUUUUCAAGAGUAACUAACUCCUAAAAAGCUUCUUGUGGCGGUACUUACCAAAUCGACACUGAUCUUUAAUCCUUAUUUGUGUUUUGUGCCUGUGUGUUUUAUAGCCCACUACAGGGACCUUAGCAUCCCAUAACCUCCAGGAAAGAUUGGAAUACAAUAUUUGGCUUCCACUGGCAAAAAUAGCUAAUAUCUCUCAUUUCUGUCUCUCAAAAAAUAGAAAUGAAAUACAUUCUCGGGUCCUGUCUGAUUCCACUAUGCAAGGACCCUGCCUCUCUCAAGUAACUACACCAUUUUCUCCACUAUUCCAAACAAAAUGGUAACAUGUCCUGAUUUUCCAAACUGAUUUUCCCACCUUUAAAAAACCUGAUGAUGCUGUUACAAUGUUCACUUCAUGUAUGACAACUUCAAAUGCCUCAUGUUCUCAUAUUGAAAAUUGUACCACUCGAUGUUUUUACCCUCCUAAUACACUUGGAAUCGUUCUGGUUAUGAACCAAUAUUGUCUGGGAACAGACUGGUUCUUCUCCCUGCUGGAUGGGUCUUUUCAUGUGAAGAGUACACCUUCAGUUACCUCCUUGAAAGUUUAUAACAUAAAGUGUUGCCUUCCCCUUAAUCUACACUGUCUUGCCUCAGAUGGUCUACAACUAGUCCAACCUGUGUGGGGACUUUUCUUUUAGCCUGUUAACCAAAGCAGAAAUUUAUGCUUUAGCUGUUUCUUUGAUUGAUGUGCCUGCCCUGGUAGCCAGGGUCAUUUGAAGUGUUAAUACGCUACCCUGUCUCAUGGCAAAACAAAUCAAUCACACUUCCACAGCUUUGGCAUUAUUAAACAGAGAACAUACUGAGCACCAAGCAAUUUUGGAUAACCACACUGCAGCUGAUUAUCUACUUCUGUUACAUCAUCAUGGUUGCAAUAAAAUUACUUGAAUGUGCAGUUUUAAUUUGUCUGAUGCAGUCUGCCCAAGACUUGCUCCACGCUUCUAGUUUUAAGGGUUUUUUUUUUGUACUGGGGAUCAAACUUGUGCUUGCCAGACAGGCGCUAAUGCCGCGGAGCUAAAUCAUUGGCCAGCUCCACACUUCUGAAGAGGAACCAACUCCUAAAAAGAUGGUGCAGCUGCCUUAGUCCCCAGAUUAAUAAAUCCACUAAUAAGAAGCUUCAGGAUUAUGAAAACUUACCAAGCAGAUACAUGUGUCUGAGGACUCAAUGCUGGAUUGUGCUGGAAUUUCCUUACGGGAUGGUUACCAGAUAGCAGUUGGCUAAAACAAAGGUUUCUUUAUGGUGUCCUUGUCCUUGUCUGUUUAAUCAGGAUAGAAUGCCUUGUACAAUGCAUCCCAUCCCUAUAUACGAUGAUCAUGCCUAAAAUGCUGGCUUCCUACAUGGUAAGAAAACCUAAAGAAAAAAAAAAAAAGGGAAGAUGUAGAGGCCACACUGAUUCCCAUUUUGUUCUGGACACAUCCUGUUGACUGUCUUGGUAGAAAGUACAGGCCGUGAAGCAGCCCAAGAUAAAAGUGUGAGGGUCCAUAAGUACAAGAGCAAACAAGUCACAUAAUCUAAGAAUGUGCAAUACAAGUUCUUUAUCUCAAUAAAAGCUGCCUGCUUGCACUGGUGCCAGACGGCAGCCAUUUCUGAUGACCGUGGUGUGUGUCCCUUUAUUUCCCUUUGCAUACAGAAUCCCUACAGUAAAAUACGGUUCAUAUAAAAUAAAGCGACCGUUUUCAUCACUUCUUCAUAGACCAGGAUUUAUUUGCUGUUUGUUAAUCUUAAUUUCUUGGGUUUAGCGCUAUACUUUUAACAUUUUUAGCACUGUAAAAAAAAGCUACUUAGAGUCAACAUUCAUGAAGUUCUGGUUUAAGAAGACGACUUUCUCAUAUAGUGUUUUUCAGGGAAUAGCGACUGUUUUCAUAACUAAAUUACAUUUAGUCGCAGUUCCAGCUUUAUUAUGGUGGUAAUAAAAGGCUGCACGAAUGUACGAUGAACUUUUCAAGGAACUUCUGAGUUGCAGUUGGGCCUUGUCAUGCUCUAAAGUGGCAUCCAGGAAUCAGUUGGCCCCAGGGAGCUGAGAGGCCAGGGGAGGAGAGCUGUAAACUGGGAGACAGGAACAAGGUGUGUUGGAGGUACCGCCAGGACAGGAGUCCUGGUGCAACUGCCUUAGUCCCCGGGGUGCUUACCAGGUUGGGGACGACCUGGGUGUGGGCCCCUUGUGCUGCUGGCUCGGUAAGGCCGAAUGUCUGCCUCAGACUGCGGAGGGGCCCCUCUGCUAGUGCUGCAGCAUGCCUUGGCCCAGCUUUGCAUUGUGCGUCUGGAGACAGACUCCUGGGCAAACACCGCAGCCCUGCUUGAAAUGCCCUCUCUCCCGCCCUACUUGAUGCACACAUUUACCCAGUCUAUGAAGCCUAGCUUUGCGGUCAGGCGGGGCUUGAGCAAGCCUUAGCCAGGUGUCUCAGCGUUGACCUCAGCCACCGCCUUGCUGGCUCCUUGAGGUGCCUGCAGUACUAGCCCAAUGCCUGAGUGGCGGUGCAAGGCAGACUAAGAGGCCAGCAGAAAGGCGCCCACCCCCCACCGCUCUGCGCGUGCGCGUGCGCAGAUGGAGCAGGGCGCGGUGAGGGCGGGGUGUGGGCGGUGCCGAGGCGUCUCCAGGGAAACCCGCUGGUAUACUGACCUGGGCCUGGGCCUGGUCUCCGCCUUAGCAGCUGGGGCUUGUGCUUCCCGACCCAGGUGUUGCCGUCUGCUGAAACCAAGGCCUGAAGCCUGAGCCGGGUGAAUUGGGGACGGUCCUCAGGGGCCUGGAUCCUUCACAGGAUUUCUGAGGACGCGCGAGGGUCCCGGGCUUUGCGUCCAGGUUGGAAGAGGACAGACAUGGAAAGAGAUGGGUCCUCUGCCACCCUAGACCACAGCUCCAGGGGCCCGCUGGAGGAGCCAGAUGGCCAGCCCCAUGCCGUGGAGGACCCUGGGCUCCUGGAAAGUUACGACCUCGUCACUGCAAGGGACAGACUGGUGUCCCCGGAGGAGGAGGAGGAGGAGCCUGAGGGGUGUCUGAGCAAGAGGCACCUGAAGGCGGCCCCCAUCCAGCUGGUCCAUAGUGUGCAGACAUGGCAUGACGGCUGUGUCUACCAAGGGGAGUUUGGGCUUGGAGUGAAGUUUGGGUACGGCGAGUUCUCUUGGCCCACAGGGGAGGCCUACUGCGGGCAGUUCUGCCAUGACCAUUGCCACGGCCUGGGCACCUACGUGUGGCCGGACGGCUGCAGCUUCACUGGCACGUUUUACCUUAGCCAGCGGGAAGGCUAUGGCAGCAUGAACCUGAAGAAGAGGCUCUUCCAGGGCCUAUACAAGGCAGACGUGCGGUUUGGACCGGGUGUGGAGACCUACCCUGAUGGUAGCCAGGACGUGGGGCUCUGGUUUCGUGAGCACCUCAUCAAGCUGGCCACAAAGACCCCCGGCAGCUUCUCAGUGCUCAGCUACCCGGAGUUCUCGGCCUUCCUCUCAUGCUCGAGGGACAGAAUCAGCCUCGUAGAGCCAGAGAGCACGGCAAAGGGCCCAUCUGAGGCACAGGACCCCUUCUUCUAUGAGUACAAGAGGUUCCUCCUGAACGAGAACCUCACACUGCCCCCGGACAUACAGCUCUAUUCAACAGACUACUGCCACCUGCCCAUGACAGGUUCUUUCCGCAGAGAGUUGGAUGCCCAGAUUUUUGCCAAUGAAAUCCCGCCAUUUGUCGACGAUGGAGAACCCUGGUUUAUAACGAAUGAAACUCCUUUAUUGGUCAAAAUCCAGAAGCAGGCUUACAAGUUCAGGAAUAAGAAAGCUCAUACCAGCUGGAACAUGGGCGCCAUCCUGGAGGGGAACCGCAGUGGCUUUGCGUGCAGUGGGCCCAAGGAGCAGUAUUCCCAGGAGAUGAUCCUGAAGGCUGAGGAAGGGGACUACGGCUGGAUUUAUGGGGUUCUGAAGGACAAUCUCGCCUGUGCUGACGUGGCUGAUGCAAAGGGUUACACUGCGCUUGCUGCAGCUGCUGUACAUUGUCACAAUGACAUCGUCAGCCUUCUCCUGGACCACGGGGCCAAUGUGAACAAGUUCACAGAUGAGGGCCUCACAGCACUCAACAUGUGCUUCAUCCUCUACUACCCCAGCGAGUCCUUCAAGCUCAAUGUUGCUGAGAGGACCAUGACCCAGGAAAACCUGAAGCCCUUCCUCAUUCCCAAACCUUCACCUCUGGUUGUGGAGACAAAUGUGGAGUCCACCUACGAGGUGGUGGAACUUGGCCCAGACAGCAGGGAGCAGAAGCUGCUGUCACACACCUCUGGCAGCCAGGAGGAUGAGCCGGCCCUGGGCACUCUGCAGUCUUCAGAGUCCAGUUUCCCUUCAGGGCAAGGCAUCGUCAGUGACAGGGAGAGAAGGCUGGAGGCUGUGCCAGAAGGCCUGGACACGUCCCCCACAUGCAGCGAGAUGCGCUUUGACUCCAAUGUCUGUGUGCACAACUACUCCAUUCAGCUGACCAGGGGCCUGCUGGAGAAGAGUGCCCAGACUUAUAGCACACUGCAAGGCCCCACCACCCCAGACCAGGGGACUGUGAGGAGGAUGGCGUGGUCCAUGGUCGAACACAGAUGCCGGUGGCUGACCAUCAAGCUGCUUCUGCACCGAGGCGCGGACCCCAACCUGUGCCAAGUGCCCAUGCGAGCCCUGUUCUUCGCUGUGAAGGCCGGGGAUGUGGAUGGGGUGCAGUUGCUGCUGGAGAGAGGGGCCAGGACUGACAUCCGGUACCCACCCCACCUGGGGGCCCUGACCCCGCUCCACAUUGCUGCCGCCCUCCCAGGGGAAGAGGGCAUCAAGAUCACAGAGCUGCUACUCCAUGCCAUCACCGACGUGGAUGCCAAGGCGGCUGACCAGGAUGAGGUGUAUAAGCUGGGCAAGGUGUGCUCCUGUGGCUCGAGGAUGGAGCUGCUGCCCUCAAGCCUGAAGCUCAGCAAUGAGCCAGGUCCACCCAGCAUCUACUACACGGCAAGCACUCAAGUUGUGGAAGAGGGCGGCAGGACGGCCCUGCACGUGGCCUGCGAGCGGGAGGACAAUAAUAAGUGUGCCAGAGAUGUCGUGCAGCUCCUUCUCUCCCACGGGGCGAACCCCAACUUGCUGUGGAGUGGCCACUCCCCUCUCUCCCUGUCCAUCGCCAGUGGGAACGACCUGCAGCACUGGGCAUCAUUGCCUGGGGUGGCCUCAGGGAGACCUGUGAGGGAGGUGACAGGCCAGCUGCUGAGGAGCCUGCCUAUCCAGAUCGUGAAGGAGCUUCUGUCCUGCGGAGCUGACCCCAACCUGCCCUUGACCAGAGGCUUGGGCACUGCCCUAUGUGUCGUCUGCGACCUGGCCUAUGAGCAUCAGAGGAGCACAGACAACAAGAUCACCCUGAUUGACCGGCUCCUGGACCACGGGGCCGACAUCCUGAAGCCAGUGAUGCUCACACAGGGUGACAAGACCGCAGUGGGCACAGCAGUGGACUAUGGCUACUUCAAGUUUUUCCAGGACCGGAAGAUUGCCCACUUCCCCUUUCAUGCGCUGCUGCCAUCUGAACGGGAGACCCUCCUGGCCCGGAAGAGGCUCCUGGAGCACAUGGGCUUGCAGCUGCGGCGUGCUGUGCUUGCCAAGGAACAGGAGUGGGACAGGAAGGUGAUGUGCCAGAGCAGGAAAGCGGAGCUGUACCCUGGACAGAGGAUGAAGAAGAGAAGCUCCAGCCUGGCCAAGGCCCUGGACACAGAGGGACAGGAGAUGGCGCCCUUCUUCAAGUUCUGCUACCAGUGUGGCCGCUCCAUUGGUGUCCGCCUCACUCCCUGUGCCCGCUGCUACGGCAUCCUGACCUGCAGCAAGAACUGCAAGUCCAGAGCCUGGACAGAGUUCCACAAGAAGGACUGCAAUGAAAUGAUGGCCAUGGGUGGGCCGGGCCGGCAGAAGAUGAGCAUGGGUCUGCAGGAGUCAGUGCCCGGCUUUCCUGAGAAUACCAACGGGAGGGCAGGAGACUCUCAGUGAAGGAGCAGUGCCUGAUGCUGGGGCCUAGGGAGGGCCUGAACCCUGUCCAUGUCUCACCUGUGCACUGGUCAUCUCUGGCCUUGCAGGACCUAGGCAGGAAUCCUCUGCACCCUGUGGCUGUAUGGCAGGAUCUCCCACCUCCCAUGAAAUAAAGUGGUCAUGGUGUGUGCCCUAA